AUGGCACCAAAGGGACAGAACAAGAAGCGAUCGGCUCUGAGCGACGUUGUCACUCGCGAGUACACGAUCCACCUGCACAAGCGCGUCCACGACGUCCAGUUCAAGAAGCGGGCGCCCAAGGCUAUCAAGGAGGUUGAGAAGUUUGCGCAGAAGGCGAUGGGCGUCAAGGACGUCCGCAUCGACCCCAAGCUCAACCAGGAGGUUUGGAAGCUCGGUGUUCGUGGCCUUCCUCACAGGCUCCGGGUCAGGUUGGAGCGCAAGCGUAACGACGACGAGGACGCCAAGGAGAAGCUCUACGUCUACGCUACCCCCGUCCUCGGCAUCACCAACUUCCACGGCCUCCAGACCACCGUCAUCGACACUGAGUAA